AAUAGCGCACAGCUAAGCUAAUUAUGUUCUAGAACUUUUGGAAAGGAAUUUAAACUUAGACUAUGAUAUCGAGAGCAAACAAGCAACAAACAAACAAGUAAUGAGAAGCAAUGACUUCUAGUGUUAUGCAGAAAGCUUGCACGAACACUGCAAUGGCUUCUGGUGGAUCUUCACCACAAGUCCAGCCUUGCCACAUCUUUGGUGUGUGCAAAGGGGUAAGGAACAACUUACUCUUUCAAGAUGAGGAAACGAUGAUUUUCCCAAGUGGAAACCACUGUGUCCGCUACCACGUCCUUCAGAGACGGACCAAGUUCAUUCACGGUGUGAAGGGAAGCAUGAAGGCCCUGGCUUUAAGCCCCGACCGGCGCUACCUGGCCGUGUCAGAGAGCGAUAAAUGGGGCACCAUCACCAUCUUUGACCUAGAGGAUGAGAAAUGCUGCAAGAAACAGAUUCUGAAUGGCAGCGAUUACAGCGUGCAGGAGUUUGUCUGCAUGGCGUUUUCUGCUGACUCUAAAUACCUGCUGGGCCAGGCUGGAGGACCCACAUGGACCCUCUACUUCUGGCAAUGGCAGGAAAAGGAGCUUAUCGAUUCUGUGAAGACCACGAGGAAUGGCCUUAUUAGUCAGGUAAGCUUUAACCCUCAGGAUGAGAAACAGAUCUGUGUGAGCGGAAAAAGAGCCUUCAAGAUCUUCGAAUUGAAGAAGGCAUCCCUGAGACAGGCCAACUCCUAUAACAUGAAAAACGAGGAUGUCCUGUGCCACACGUGGCUGUCCGGGGACUGCAUCAUUGCGGGAACUGAGGCCGGGAAACUGCUAAAGUUGAAAUCCAGACAACUGCACCAGCUGGGGAGACCAUAUGAGAGACAAACAGAGAAGAAGGAUUCAUCUUCAUCUCCGGACCAACCGGCGUCUGUUACCGCCAUCACGCAGUAUUCUAAAGGCUUUGCCUGUUCAGCUGGACUGGGAUUAGUUUGUCUCUACGAGAUAUCUAAUGAGAACGAUAACUACAGGAAGACUGCGGAAAUAAGCAUUCCUGUGGACCCAUACAGCAGUCAGCCGCUUCAGGCGAUUGCCACGAUGUGCUUUAGUCCAGCAGAGAAGACGCUGGUCAUCAGCACAGACCGAGGCAAACUCUACCGCAUCAGCCUCACCUCGACCGAGAUUAGCGAGAGUAAGAAGGCCCAGUUUGAAUUCCUGUCUCACUCUCUUCACUCGGAGAGCAUCACCGGGAUGUCCAUCUGCACAUCAAAACCCCUCGUCACCACCUGUUCGAAGGACUUCACCGUGCACAUUUGGAACUACAAGAACAACUCUCUGGAGCAGUUUAAGGAGUUUGAUGAAGAGCCGCUCUGCGUGUCGAUGCACCCGAAUGGCCUCUCCAUCCUGGUGGGCUUCUCUAGUGAAAUCCGCCUAAUGCACCUGCAUUAUGACAAAAUCCGCACUGUCCAGAAGUUCCCCACAAAGAACUGCACUGAGUGUGUUUUCAACCACGAUGGCAACAUGUUUGCGGCCGUCAACAAAAAAGUGAUACACGUUUACAACAUCAGAACAGGCAAAAAACUGGACCUGAACGCCCACCUUAAGAAGGUGCAGUCGGUGAAGUGGCGGGAAGAUGACCUUCAUCUGGUGUCAUGUGGGAUGGAUGGCAUUGUGUGCACGUGGGACGUUCUGACUGGCAGUUACAAGACAAGCAAAGAGACUGAUUGUGGCUAUACAGAUAUGAUCUUCACACCUAACACCGGGAGCGUCCUCGCUGUAGACAGAUGCAGUCUUAAGGAGAUCCAUGAUGGAAGUAUCCUAAGGCAAAUGGCCUCAGAUGGUGUGGACUACACAGCCAUCUCCAUGACUCGUUCAGGCCAAACAAUCUUCAUUGGAACCGCCGUUGGUAAUGUCGGGGUCAUCGAAUAUCCUUUUGGAAAGGAAAAAACCUGGACAGAACUUCAGGCCCAUUCUGGUCCCAUCACCAAAAUGGUCGUCACGCCUGGUGAUCAGUAUCUUCUGACGGCCUCAGAGGACGGCUCCCUCCUCAUCUGGACAAUCACUGACCCAGAGGGAAAAACGCUGAAGUGGAUCAAAGAAAUGGAGCAUGCUGAUGAGGUCCUCUGUACAAAGGAGGAACUCGAGGAAAAGGACCAGACUAUAUGUGAGCUCACGUCCCACACCGAGUGGCUGAAGUUGGAUCUGCAAUGCAAGCUGAAUUGGAAGGAUAUGGAAUACACCAUGAAGAUGAAAAGUUUUUUUCAGGGUUAUCGCCAGCAGAUGAAAGCUUUGAAAGACCAAAUUCAGGUGCUGAACACUGAGAGGGAGGACCAGAAAGAUUCUCACCAGAAGGCGCUGACCAAGUUGAAGGAAGAACACGCCAAGGAGCUGGAGGAUCAAAAGCAAAGCCGCAUCGAGGGCCUGCUUGACCAGGACGAGCUGUACCAUGAGCUGCAGCAGAAAAUGCAGAUGAUGGAGAAGAACCAUGCGAAGAAGCUGCGCAAUACUGAGGACAGCCACCUCUGUGCCAUGGAGCACAUGAAACAGGCCUAUGAAGCCAAGCUGCAGGAGCUACGGGCCAAGUUGGAGCAGGAAGCGAAGAACUUUGAGGAGAAGCAGGUAAGGAUUAAGGAGGUGGCUGAAUCUGAGGUCAUGGAACUCUGCCGCAACUACGAACACGAUCUCCAGUCGGAGAAGGACAUCAGGCUGAAGGCUGAGCAUGAAUUGAAACUCAUGGAGAAAAAUAUAUCACGGUACUUGAAAAUGAAGCGCAUGAUGGAAGAUCAGGAAGACACGAUCCGUCAGCUGAAGGAGAACAUGCAGAAACUGAAGGACCAACUCGAUGAUGCGACAGAACGCAUCGAGGCUUUGAAUAAGAAGAAGGAGGAGAAAAACAAGACCAUUGAUGACCAGAUAUGCUUCAUUGAAGAACUCCAGCACAUGCUUCAAAACGAGGACAUGAGCUUGGAAGACAAGCAGGAAGAACUGGUCCAGAUGAUCUUCUGGCAUAAAAAGGGUGAAGAGAAAAAGAGCUACAAAGAAAGGAGCAAAAUCCAACGACUUGAGAAAGAAAUACAGGAGAAGAAAGAAAUGUUAGACGAGGCUGCUGCCGAGCUGGUGCUAAACAACAGGAAGAAUGAGGAUAUCAUCUAUGACCUGAAGGAGAAGCUGAAAUCAAACAACACAGAAUUGUUCACAGAGAGACAGCGGGUCAGAAACAUCAAUAUGGUGGUGCAAAAGAUGAAGGAUGACAUCCGCAGCUGCGCACGAUUCAUCCAGGAGCCGAUGAAGCUGAAGCAGAACUUCAUAGAGCUCCAUACACGCCAUAUACAUACACAAGAUGGGACAAUCAGAGUGAAUGCUGAGGUCACGGAAGAGGAAACCAGGUACUUGAAAGACUUCCACACGAUCUUGGCGCAAGAGAAGGCAAAGCAUGUUAGAGAUAUGAAGCUUGAGAAAGAUAGAUACUCCAAGUUGGUGAAGGAGCGUGGCUUUCUGAUUAAUCAGCUCUAUGAGCAGAAAUUAAUGCACGAGCAACUACUGAACAGCCUCAAAAGGAAGAAUGUGCAGUGUGACGACACAGCAUCCUCUGUGAUCCCACCGGGAGAGUCCAGGCUUCAGUUGCCAGUAAACCAGAGGCUAACAAGGAAUCCCCUGAAUAUGAGACGAGGCCAAGUUUUUGCAUCGGACCAUGUCAGAUUUCCACCCAUUAACACCACAUAGAAGACCAGAUGAUCGCCAGGGAGGUGUCUAGUACUUGGAUAUACAGUAGUCUAGUGUGGGGACGCGUGCAAGCCGAGAUCUGACAGUGAUAGAGUGCCUAAUGAGUACCUCCUUGUUUUACUUGGGCAAGCAGUAGGGUUUGGACACUGAGCGUUGGGAACAGGAACAGGGGCGGGGGCGGGGAGGAGAUAUCAGGAGGACUUCCCUAAAUGCAGUGAGUCGUAAUGACCCGGCAUUCCUUGAUGGCAUCAACUCCAGAGUCCAGCAGUGUGGCUCAGGAGAGCUCCGCUAAAGGGGCGUAAGUCGUAGUCUCCGAGGACUCACAGAAGAUAAAUACAGAGGCAUUAGGCGUACUGUUGGCUGUCCUUAUUCUCCAGUCUUACUAACUAGUGGUGCUACUAGCCAGUACAGGCCAGCCAUUGGAGAGACUGUGAAAAACCACUGCGGGGGAGUAAUGUUCUAGGCUUGAUAAAGCUUAUAGCUCAGGUGGGUGUGAGGGGAAACUGGAGUGAACCGCAGGCUCGUACCAGACAUUGAUAACAAAGAUUGCCGUGGAUGGUUCCACAUGGACACCAUUUCACUUCUACUCAGUGAGACGGUGGACAGAACAACAAGGGUAAUGGAUGUACAUACGGUGCAGCGCAAGGUGAAUUAGAGAAAAAUAAAGAUUUUGUGGGAGGUCUCUGCAUUAGAGGAUAUCCAGGUAUUUGACACUACCCUUGGCCAUCAGAAGGUGAUGGAAAUAAUAUAGAAAUAAAUGAAAUCAACAGA